AGGCGAUUUCCGCUCAGACCAAGAUGGGUAAGAAUCGUAAAGAUCUCUUUCGGGGGUUUUAGCGGAAGCGCCAGCAACAGCAAAGCAGCGGCGAACCAUCGUCUCUUCACUCUCUCCUCGCUCGCCGCCGUCGCCGCCGUAUUUUGUUUCCGAUUCCGGAACUGAGUUCACUUAGCCCGAGUCGAGCUCAACCAACAGACAGGAAAAUAUGAGCAAGAAAAAAAACCCUCGCGUCUUCUUAGAUGUAUCAAUUGAUAGGGACCCUGUGGAACAAAUUGUUAUUGAGCUUUUUGCUGACGUUGUUCCUAAGACGGCAGAGAAUUUCAGGGCUCUCUGUACAGGUGAGAAGGGCAUUGGAAAGUCUACAGGAAAACCUCUCCAUUACAAAGGAUCAACAUUUCAUCGAGUAAUUAAAGGAUUUAUGGCCCAGGGCGGUGAUUUUUCAAAUGGAAAUGGCACUGGUGGAGAAAGUAUUUAUGGAGGAAAGUUUGCAGAUGAAAAUUUUAAUUUGAAGCAUGAUAGGCCUGGUCUUCUGUCCAUGGCAAAUGCGGGUCCAAACACAAAUGGUUCCCAGUUCUUUAUAAUCUUCAGGCGCCAGCCUCAUCUGGAUGGGAAACAUGUUGUUUUUGGAAAAGUUGUGAAGGGAAUGGAUGUUGUUGAGAAAAUUGAGAAAGUGGGAACUGCUGAUGGAAAACCUUUAGAAACCGUGAAAAUUGUGGAUUGUGGUGAAUUCUCAGAAAUUAAAAUCCCUGUUGCAACAGAGAAAGAGAAAGAGAAAGAGAAAGGUAAAGGUAAAAAGAGGAAAUCAGGAAAGGUUCCAUCCUCUGAGGAUAGUUCUGAUGAGGAAGCUAGAGGAAGGCAUAACAAAUCCUUGAAGGAAAGAACUAAGAGAAGAAGAUAUUCUUCAUCUGACUCCCACAGCUCAGAGUCUGAGUCGGAUUCUUCAGAUUCUGAUUCUGAUUCUUCUAUAUCUGACUCAAGUUCGUCUAGUGAUGGAAGGCGCAGGAAGAGGAAAUCUGUUAAAAAAGGUAAGCACCAGCGUUCAAGGAAAAGAAGAGAUGGAAAAAAAAAGAGGAAGAGCGGGCGGCAUUCCAAACGGUCAAGGCGCAAGUCAAAACGGAGAUCGGAAAGUUCAAGUGACACAGAAAGUGAGAGUCCUAGAAGCAGCAGAAGCAGUUCUGAUGAUGAUAAAUAUGGUCGUCAUGUUUCUUCUCGUAAAACCAGCAACUUAAAGCAUGCAGAAAAAAAACUUCCAACCAAUGACGUGGGAAAAGAACCCCCUCUAGUGAAAAAAAUUGUUGCUGAACAGAGGCAUAAUCAUGGUAGGAAGAAAACUGAGGGCAACUCAUCCCAAGAAGAAGGUGAAUUAUCUCCAAAGAAUGAUGCACCUUUCAACAACGGGCAUAAUGCAGAAGCUAAAACUGCUAAUCAGAACUCCGACUCAGAUGAUUCGAACAUCUCUAGCAGAAGUCCGACUCGCAAAAGGAGGUCAAGAAACAGCCCUAGGAGCAGGCCAAGCCCAAGUCCUGAUAGAAUUCCUAGUGGAAGUCCUCCGAGGAGUACUAGCGAGAAAAACAGAGCUAGGAGUCCAUCGCGUAGCCCUGUCCGCAGAGCUCCAGAACCUUCUACCACCAAUCAUGAAGGGCGUUUGUCAAGAAGCACUUCACCAAAUGGAAAUUCAAAGCGCAUUAGAAAAGGGCGUGGCUUCACUGACCGCUUUGCCUUUGCACGUCGUUACCGUACUCCAUCUCCAGAGCGUUCACUCCGUAAUUCCUAUCGUAAUAAUGGAAGAGACACUUAUAGAAAUAACCGUGAUAGGUACUCAAGCUAUAGAAAUUUUUCUGAGCGCUCACCUCGUAGACGUUUGCGAAGCCCACCAAAAGGCAGAAGCCCUCCCAGAUACAGGAGCAGGAGAAGUCGAAGUAGGAGCAUUUCCCGCAGUCCUGGUGGUUAUCGUGUCCGUAAUAGGGACCGCAGCCGCAGCCGCAGCCGUAGUCUGAGUCCAGUUGACCGACCUCCUGUAAGUGAUAGACUAAAAUCCCGCCUUGGACCCCGAAUUGGUGAUCAGCACUCUCCAGACAGAGGUAGGCUUAAGUCCAGGUCGAGGAGCCCAAGGCCCUCUUAUUCCAGAUCUCCAGAUGCUACUCCUAAGCGUCGUAAUAGAACUCCAAGGUCUCCGAGAAGGUCAAGAUCAAGCUCCCCGCCUGCACAAAGGGGGUUGGUUUCGUACGACGAUAUCAGUCCUUAAAUCUUUUUCUUGGUUCCGGCACAAGACUAAUGGCAUCUUGAGUUUAUGUAUAUCUACGCAGAAUGGAUCCGUCGGCGUUCUAGGCUUAUCUGUCUCGUUAGAUUUUGCUUUUGCGUUGCAAUGUAAUUUGAAUGUAAUCGACUUUGUUAUAGGAUGAUGUGUGGGGAUUUUGAUUCUGUUUUUUUCCGCGCGGUUGUUCGAGAGACUAAACAAAGCUUUAAUUACAAUUGAAAAAUCUGAUGGGAUUUCAUUAGCGAUGGCGAUCAUCGACAA